UUGCAAUUAAUGAAAUGCCCUUAUAUUGAUGAUGAUAUGAAUUCUACAAGCGGACUUGAGACACAAAUCUGCAGAGACGUGUGAUAGGAAAAGCAUAGCAUAGUAUUGAAUUAAUAAAAAAGAAGAGAGGAAAAGGAAAUCAAUAAUCCAAGAGAUUUUAAAUUUGAUCUAAUCCUGAAGAAUCCGAAAUCAUGAAUCUGGAGUCUUGACCUGAAAAGAUUGAGGACCCGGCAUACAUUCAACUACGGAGACAAAACUUGACAAAUGAUCAUGCAGGGGCCACAUGCAUUUCUACUUGUGGUUCAAUUGGCCAUUGUUUCCUAUUUAUAGCCACAUGCAUAAGCUUUGUCCUUCACAGUUUAUACAUAUUCUCUUAUCAGCUCCAGUAGUGAUAAAGACCAAAUAAAGGAGAGAAUCAAUGGCUGCAGAAAAUGGUUUUGCUUCUGCUCAUGAAUCUCCCACAAUACAUGCACAAGACCUAGAUCAGAUCACCACUCAUCUCUUGUCUUCACCACCUAUUCUUGAAAUGGAGAACCAUAAUGGUGUUUCUCUUAACAUUCCAGGAUGGUAUGCUGAUGCUUCUCAAGGAUGGCCAGGAGAGGCACACUUGUACAAGGUGGAAAAAGUCCUCUUUCAUGACAAGUCAGAAUAUCAGGAUCUUAUUGUAUUUCAGUCAUCAGGGCAUGGCAAGAUUGUGAUCUUGGAUGGGGAUCUUCAACUCACAGAGAAAGAUGAGUUUGCUUACCAAGAAAUGCUCACCCACCUUCCGCUUUGCUCCAUUCCAAACCCAAAGAAGGUAUUGCUAAUUGGAGGGGGAGAUGGUGGAAUUCUGAGAGAAAUAUCUCGCCAUUCCUCCGUUGAUCGGAUUGACAUAUGUGAAAUUGACAAAAUGGUGAUUGACGUAAGUGAAUUAUAUAUCUCACUAUUCCUAUCUAAGGCCUACAAGCGGUUCUUCCCUGACAUAGCAAUUGGAUACGAGGAUCCCCGAGUCAAUCUGCAUAUAGGCGACGGAGUUGAAUUCCUGAAAAAUGUUCCUCAGGCUCAGGUUACUUACGAUGCAAUCAUAUUGGACGCAUUCCAGUGCGUGGGGCCUGAUGAAAAAGAAGCAGGCGAUAAGUGCUUCCUAGAAUCGGUGGCGAAGGCUCUUCGCCCAGGAGGAGUCAUGUGUUGCCCAGCGGAAAGCUUGUGGCACACAGAAUUUUCACUUUCAGAUUGCAUAGCAAAAUGCCGCGAGGCAUUCAAAGGCUCUGUUAGCUACGCCUGGUGCACAACUCCUGCAUAUGCCAGUGGGAUGAUUGGUUUCAUGCUUUGCUCCACCGAGGGUCCACCGGUCGACUUCAUACACCCUGUAAAUCCAUUGAAUCCUGAGAAUUAUGGUGUAGCCAAAGGACCUCCCCUAUUUUAUAACUCAGAGGUCCAUACUGCUGCCUUCUGCAUGCCGUCUUUUGCAAAGAAGAAGAUGUUUGGCUCCAAAAUCUGAUUGACUAGAGGAUGAGAUCCGGCCAUAGCUAGUUUCUUUAUUUUCAUUAAACUAUGAAGCAGUUCCAAAAUCUUCUUAACAAAAGGAAUGCGAACAACCACAGCAAUAGCAAAGUUUCUUUUUCUUUUUUUUUUUUUU